GAAUCUGCCCCUUACUGCCGGUAAUCCAAGUAUUUCUGUGAAGAAUGGCUGACCGGAUAAAUGAGAGCCACCAGCGCUUCCUUCAGGCGCUCAUGUCCCACGGCAUUAUGGAGGGCUCUGCUGUGAGGGCAUUACACAGGCAUUGCUGUGAGCUCCACAAAGUUCACUACAUGCAUGACAAGUUAGAUGACUUUGUCGGGGUCUUAAAUCGACAUCUGCAGCCUCUGUUUAUGACAAUAGAGAAAGGAGUAGGUGAAGAGGAUGGACUUACGUACUAUGCAUUGGUGAACCGUGUAGAAAAUGAUAUUACGAAAAUGGCUUCAGAUUAUGCUGAAAAUGAGUUGGAGCUGUUCAGAAAAACUAUGGAGUUAAUUAUUUUAUCUGAUAAUGGAUUCGCAACUUCCAUAAGUAUUCUCAACCUCGCUGACGAGCUGCAGAGCAAGAAGAUGAAAAAGAAAGAAGUGGAACAACUGCUGCAGAGUUUUGUGCAGGAAAAGUGGUUGAUUGGGAGAAAUGGAGAAUAUACCCUUCACACUCGCUGCAUUAUGGAGUUGGAACACUACAUACGGAACACAUACCAAGACGUUGCUAAAAUUUGCAAUGUCUGCCGCAAAGUAGCUAUUCAGUCCCAGUUAUGUGAAAAUUGUGGAAUCCCGCUGCAUUUGCAGUGUGCUGGAAAAUACUUUCAUGGAAAAGCCAACCCGACAUGCCCGAAUUGCAACGAGUCGUGGCCACAUGAGAUUCCAGAUUUAAACCAAGUCAGCUCACAAGGACCGUCCCAUUCUCAGACAGAGACAGUCCGAGGUCGGAACCAGAGAAGCAAGAACACUUCCACAGCCUCAAGAACAAGUCGAUAGUGACUUCAUAGUCACACACUGUAUUCUAAAGUUUUAUUAUCAAAAUAGAUCAGAAAUAAAAAUAUUCAUCUCUAAA